AUGUCUGCUCUUGCCCCUGCCCAAGAAGAUUACAACCAAGCCAAGGAAAGACUUCGGCUCGCCCUCCUCUUUGCUAUCGCAGAGGACAUCACCAGCCGCGAAGUUUUCCGUCGCCAUUUUGAGGAGGAAGGACUCGGCUGCCCCGGUGCCCUGUCGCACGGCACGGUGUCAUGGGAGACAGCCACGCUGAUGUGGAACUGGUACUGCAAGGAGAGCAAGGCGGCGCGACUUGUCUGUCCAACUGAACCUCUCAAAGCUGAAUGUGAGGCUCUCUUGAGCGAACCAGACGAGGGAUGGGCGGCUUAUCUUCAAGAGAGGGCGAAGGAGGAGGAGACCAGAGAGGCUCAGCUUGCACAGAUACGGGCAAGCCGUCCUCAGAUCAAGCAGGAGGACGAAGACGAGGAGAUGCCCCUGGUUGGUAUCGCCAAUCUUGCGCCCAACCAAGCCCCUGCAGAGCCUGUCAAUGUUGCGGCGGCAGAGAACAUCAAACCAGCCGCAGACUUUGUUGAGCCCAGAGACAACCAGGGCGCGCCAAAGCCCUUGAGCUACCAGGACCUUCUCGGCUUCAAGUACUCCGAGAACGGCCUUUCUCUCCAAUGGUUGUUCGUUCCAACCUUCCAACCCGGUUACCGCUACCACGUCCUUGUCGGCGGCACCAUGGUCCAAGGCGAGUCGAACAAGUCCAGCGAGCACGAGGCCCAGGAGGAAGUUGCCUUCAAGGCGCUGAAGAGAGCGGAGCUUUGGGUCUCUGCUGGCAACGGUCAAAAUGCCCGAGCCUUACAACCUCUCGACUACACCAACCGCCCAGAGCUCGUCCGUGCUUGCAUGGAGGGCUUUGAGCUGGGCUCUCGCAUGGCUCUUCAGGAUCGUCAGGAGUAA